CGCUGAAGUGAUGCGCAAAAUACGAUCUGAAGCCCUUUCCGAUGGGUCAACAAGGUCGUUGGGAUUUAUCAACGCAAUGUUACACGUUGCAGAUAAACUGAAUUCGGAUCCCGAAUUUCAAGACAGCACGAAGGGGCUAAGUGGAUAUAUUCGGCACCAAAGUGCCUUUAUCCCACAUUACGUCGUAAUGUUUUCUCCAAUACAACUUAGAUUUGCUUCUUUGUGCGACGAAUUGUACCUUGACGCUACAGGAAGCGUCGUUCCUCCUACAGUGCUGGCAACCCUAAAACGGGUGCUUCUACAUGUUGCAGUUGCCAGAGACUCCCAAAUACAAGUCCAGACACCCGUUCCAGUAUUGGAAAUGUUGAGCACUGUAGGAACCGUGUCCUUCAUAACUACAGCCAUCAUGGACUUUGUUUCCAAAGUCCGCAAGUGUAAAUCUGGAUGGACCCCACGGCUCGUGGUAACGGACUUUUGUCUCGCUUACUUGCACUCCGCAUGUUUAGCGAUUUUGGGUGAAAGCCUGGACACCUAUAUCAAUAGGAAGUUUUCUCUGCUUACUAGCAAGCCGCUAGCAGAUAAAUCGACGAUUUUGUUUGUGUGCUCGGGGCAUUUUAUGCGCGCAAAUUCCAAAUAUCUACGCAAACAUGCUCCCCCACAGUGCGUCUUCCCGGCGCUGCAUGCGUUUGCACGACUAAUCGAAACUCGCACCCCUGAGGAACUCGACAAGAACGUCGAGAUCAUAGUUCAGUUGUUUGGCAACCUACAACUAGAAGAGCACUUGGUAUCCAGCUUCAAGGAUUCGUUGAUCGAUGGAAACUCAUUACCAGAGGACGUUGAGGAAUGUUUGGCGAUGCAGAUGGACGACAUCUUUGAGGGAAUCGAACCAACGGAAAAUCCAAAGCUGGAGAGAGAAAAGUCACAUUUUUAUUCAUAUUUCUGCAAGAAGUUAAGCAAGGUCCAAAAGGGUACGCCAGAAAAAGAACAAUGCAAUCCUAUGUAUAGUGAAGUGUGCCUGACAACCUUUCAACGUUGGAUGACCUACUUGCCGCUGUGGAGUAAAAUAACUUACUUUGAAAAUGGACCAGCUCCCGCAAAGACAAUCACCACAGGGGUGGUGGAAAAGAGUUUCGACAAUUUCAAGAAUUCCUUCCACACUUCAAAAACAUUUUAGCCUGAUUUAAUACUGAAGCACUCCCAAGUUUCAGUUGGACUUGUAACUGAGGCGGAAAUCACAGGAAGGAAGCCAAUCCGGAAAAAGAAGCAACAAAAACCACCAAAGAUUGGGUCCGAGGAAAGCUCUCAUCAAAAGAUUCCAUUGGCCAAGUCCCUCCGCAAGCCUAUGAAGUCUAAAGCUCAAUUAGGAAACAUUAGAAAACCACAGUUCGUGACAGCGACUUGGGGAAAAAAGUCGCAAAGAAAGCAAGACAUAACAAAAACGUAUCUUCCAAAGCUGAAAAUGAUGGCACAAGCUAAAGCUUGCGCCGAUGCUGGUUUGGGUGCCACUCCAAAAUCAAGUAAACCGCUUUCGAUCCCAAGAGUGUUAAGCUUAAGCCCGUCAACUAAUUCACCAGCUGGAAGGAGAAUAAACACACAAACUUUACAAGAAACGGAAAGAAUUGAACCCAUCGAAAGGACCGAGAUAUAGGAAGUUGAGGAAGACGAAGAAUUUGAAAAAGCACUAAAAGAGGCAAGAUGUGAAUUCAACAUCAAUGAACACAUUUGGUGGACUUCUACAGCCCCAAUUCAAAGUUUAUUUGCAACUCCACUUGGCGGAUUUGGCAGUGAACAUGAUCUGCUCUCCUUAGCGCCGGACUCAUUUGUAAAUGAUGCGGUGGUCAACGCAGUUGGAGCAUCCAUCUUACAAGAAUUUUUGCCACCAUCUAAGUCGGGUCAAAUGAAAUUUAUUUUUAGCAAUUUCAUGGAGCAAGACCGCAAGUCAGGAAUAUUCACCGCACGGCAAGACUUUCUUCCGGAACCUGCAACAUUCGAUAUCAAAGGAGGAACCUUACUACUAAUCAGCUUUGUGCAAAAGCACUGCUUCGUAACGCGUAUAGAUUUUCCAGCAAAGGAAAUUGUAUAUUACGACUCACUUCCCGGGCAUAUUAAACCACACCAGAGACAAGUUUAUUUGGAAACUGUAGCAACUGCCAUUAACCAUCAUUUUGGACUAUCUGUUAAUUGGACGAAGAGACCAAGCGUUUGCCCUGUACAAGAAGGAUGCGAAUGUGCACUAAUGUGCUUGUUGUUUCUCAAGGAAAUUGUCACACCACUAGCAACAUUUGAUGGUAUUGGUGCAAAAGAAUGCCUAGAAUACAGGAUUUCGUCAACUUCUAAAUUGUUGCACACCACCGAAGUUGGGAAGAAAUUCUUACAAGAUUGCCAAAGAGAGGGUCAUGGAGUUAUGGAUAGAUUGCUUCAUAGAAAAAGGGAAAGGAAUCGACAACUCAUAAUCGAGUCAAAGAUUGAGACAUUGGCACGGUUAAGAGUUAAUUACUUCACAUCCUCCGGCUCAAAUCCUGAUGGAGCAGACGAAAUCAUCGAUCUAAUACUGGAAAUACAUUCGGACAUACAAUCGGGGUCUAAGAAUUUUUUGGGUAACAACAACUGAAAACCAAAUACUGCCGCUUGAUUUACGAAAGCCCUGUUCGACAAACAUUUUCACCAUGAAUUUUAGAAUUCCAAAUUUAUCAUUUUAACCUGUCACUGAACUCAAUGUGAACACGGAUACAAGAUUUAUUGGUGGCGUAUUUACCCAGUGGGCGAUAAGAACCAUCUAAGAAGACACCUCGGCGAAGGUAUUUCUUUUAUUUUUCCCAAAUUACAAUUUUUUACGUCUGAACCUUCUCGUAACUACACCUUUGGGUUAUUUCUCGAUAGAAGAAUUGGUUCCCAUAUUUACAUAAUGAAUGCAGUAACAGGUUAAAAUGAUAAAUUUGGAAUUCCAAUAUUCUAUUUAUUGUUCAUCGUUUUAUAACCCAACAACGUUACCAUACUCCAUCAACCAAUUGAAUCAAAAAGUGGUUUUAUUCCGUCCUUUAGUUAACUUAGUGUUACAAUCUAUCCCUCAGGAUAGAUUCUUAAUUCUUGAAACGUUAGGUCCAAGCAUAAUGAAACCAUGUGUAUACAUAUGUACAUAUAAAUCCGUACAUUUAUACCGAUUUGUAUUUCAUGAUAAAUAACAUGUGUAACUUACUUUAGGUAACUAUGAUCAAAUUUAACAUACAUACAUUUUACAUACAAUUAGAGAAGAUAAACACUUACAUUCGUAUUGUAUAAUUCAAAUUAACAUGAAAAAGUCGAUGAUGAUGAGAAUUUUAUAUAGGUAUGUAGGUAUGUAAAUGUUUUUAAAAGAGAAAGUGAUGCAACUUCGAGUUUUAAACUAAAUCAAGAAUAAUUUAUUGUACUGCUCGGCAGCAAAUUCUCCACUACAAAUAUACCACAUUAGCUUCUUUCACAUAUAUUAUUACACAGCCUUAUAAUAUGGGUGUGUAUGUAUUUUUAAUUUAUGCAUUUCGACCUUUUCAUAAUAAUAUCAUUGUUUAUAUUAAGGAAACGACUCUUUUUAAGGCUAGGGAAUUUGAGUGUCCGACUCUUUUGUAGUCAGCUUUUCUGAUGUGUUAUGUAUGUGAUAUGAUUAUGUAUUUGCAAUAUUGAAAUUACAGAAGUUCACUGUCUCUUGAAUAAUUCAUAUA